GCUCUCCCAGCUGUCAGCUUAACUCUGGAUUGGACAGUGAUAAGCUGGGUUUGGGAAUGCUGCAGCAUGAUAUGACAUUUACACUUUGUCCCUUGAAACAGACUCAUUCGUUUCUCCGGUACGCUGACGCCACAUGAAGAGUGCAUUGAUCUGGUUGUCUGUGGUGCUUUCAUGCUUGUGGGAUAGUUUCACCAAAGUUUCAUCAUCAUCAGCUUUAAUGUCAGAAUAAUGGCGUUAACUGACAGGGUUGAAGGAAUGGACAUCUUUGAGCUGCUCAGGAACACGGUAGAAUCAGACCGUUUCCGUGACGAUCAUCCGUGGACAAUGACAAUUAAUGAAAUCCAAAGUCCUCAAAAAAGUGCGGCUGAUGACUUCCUAGACACUCUGCUGCACGACCCCUCCACUUCACCUGGAUCCCCCCCAUGGUCGCCCUGCAUCACUGACAGUAGCAUUAACGAAGACCCCCUGACGGAUUCCUCUCCCAGCCCCCAUCAAGUUUCCUGCGCAGCUUCCCCAGCCUUUGACACGCUCCCGUUCCAUCAGCCUCCAUCUUCAGAAAGCCAGCCACCCAUAAACGAAAGGAAGUCUGAUGUUACCAUCGAUCUAGGCUGGGACUCUGGUGAUCUCCAUGAGGAGCUUGGAAUUACAUACUACCUCAGCCAAGACCAGAGCUCCCUCCUACCUUCCAGUCAUGCCCUCACAGUGAAAGACCUGCUCAUUUCCAGCUUAGAGCAGAAAGUACGCCGAAUCCCCCAGCAUUCCCUGCAGGAGCUUGUUCUUAAUGAGGAUGAGAAGAAGCUUUUGGCCAAAGAAGGAGUACGUUUACCAAACAAGCUUCCCCUAUCCAAGUUUGAGGAAAGGAUUUUGAAGAAGAUCCGGCGGAAAAUCCGCAACAAGCGCUCAGCUCAGGAGAGUCGGAAGAAGAAGAGGGAAUAUGUUGACAGUCUGGAAGGAAGGAUGUCUGCAUGUAGUGCUCACAACCUCCAGCUACAAAGAAAGAUCCAGGAUUUGGAGGAGACCAACAACGCUCUGCUGGAGCAGCUAAGCAGACUACAGGCUCUCAUUCCUAACAGCUCCAGCAGAACAAUAAGCAGAGGAACCUGCGUUCUGGUUUUGCUUCUCUCCUUCUCUCUGUUCAUCUCCUCCAGCCUUCAUCCAGACCUUUACAGCCAGCGCAGCCAGGCAGAAUACAUGCAAACCAAAGCACCGUCUCGCUCCCUGCAGUCCAUUGGCGAGGAAGGAGGUGUCCCUCCUCGUCUUGUGCACUCCAUCUCCAGGGGCUUUGAAGCCCUGCGAAGCCUGGCGAAGAAUAUCGAGGCUUGGGCUUCUACGGCAGCCCUCCCCUCCUCUCUCCACCAGGAUCACAGCCACGAGAAUGAUUACUGGUCUCACUAUAGGAAAAAGAUGUAGCAAAGGCUUGCUUGCAAGUGCAUCAUCCAAGGAGGCAUUUUAGGGCUUUCUCAGCUUCCUGUAAAGACUCUUUGGUGCUCCAGAGCACAAUCUCUCUGGUCUGAUGCUUUUAAAAGUAUCAGGACACCUCUCCAGUAUCUGGCGCUUUUUGGUUUGAGAAAACAAAAAUCUUACAGACUGGAUUACGUACUAUUUCAUUUAAUGUUGUGUUACUUUCACAGGUACUUUGCAGUCCAUAGAUUAACACAAAUGACUGUUCAGUCCUGUAUUUGGAUGUGUGUUAUUGAUGAUGAUAAGAAUGAGCAUUUCAGUGAAAUGUAGAAAAAAUGACUGUUUUUAUUUGCAAUAAAUGCAAAAAACUAAAUUUCUCUUGGUUCAAAAUCAACAUGGACUGAAAAAAAAUGUCACAAAUACUUCUAACUUGACAUAAAACACAAACAUUUGAAUUAAAAUGAGGGUAACAAGUUCUUAAAAGUCAUACAUGGUAAAAUGAAUGCAGAAAAGUCUUUCUUUUUACCACUGCCAGUAUCAAAAGCAAGCAGAGGAGGACUCAAAAUAAAGCAGGGCAAAAAAUUUCCUGCAUUUCAAAAUCCUGUAACCAAUUCUGUCUUAGAACAGUUGGAGAAAAACUAUGAUCAAGGCAGCUGAGAAGACCUGCUGCCUAUACAAGUUCUGGAAUCAUCAGCAUCCAUGCGCGUUUGUCAACGUGUGAGUUUGUGCACUAACAGAUGCUUUCUGCAAGGCCGGCUUGAGCUGAAACAUUCUGACAGCUCUAAAUGGGAAAAUUUCAGAGGGCUAAGCAGUUGUGUGCCUCCACUGUUCACUCUGCAACCUGACGGCUUUGCAAUUCUGCACAGAAAAUGUGCGGUUGAAGUAUUUUACUGAACGUGCAGCAGCGAAGAAGAGUUAUGCAUUGUGAGCCUCAGAAUUUAUGCACUGCCUGACACUUUUUCCUGCAGAACACCGGCUCGGAGCAGUCCAACAUUUUGCAAAAUAGAUGUUCUGGAAUUCAAAGCAAAGUUUGCAGCAUGGCUGUUCACUGAAGGGAAUUAAGCAACAUUUGUGCAAGAAAGCUAAAACAUUCAGGCGAACUGAGGCGAUCAUAAAAUUUUAUUGAGAUUGAAUUUUGAAUACUUAAAUGCUGAUGAACUUGGUUUUUAUUCGAUCUUUUGUUACGUUUUAGGUGCAUUUGCGUUGAAAUAAUUUAGACUUUAGAUGUUUAGCUUUUGUUCAAAGCCUCGCUAAGUGCAGCAGCUCAAGCUGAAAGCUCCAAAGGUGCACUUAGCGAUUUGAAGAAACACUAAUUUCAGCAAAGCUGAACCAAAAAUACAAAUACACAAGGCACUCUGGCUUAGAGUCUGAAAUGAAUUAUUGAUCAGAUAGCUUCAAGCAGAGGGUUUUGGUGUAUUCAGAGCGAGUUGGAGCUAAAGGUAGACAUCCAAUCAGAAUUUUAAUCAUGCUUGAUUUUAGCAGAGGCUGCUGUCUGAGGAUAGAAAUGACAACAACAAAAAACUCAGAUAGAAAACAGUCAAAAUUUUUGCAAAGCUUUUUCAUUUAUGGAGUUCAUUUGCAUUUGCAGAAGCAGCAGGUUGCCCACUCACAUUAAGCAUUAAGAGAUUUCAUGAAAAGAAAUUACCAGUGCUCCAAAUAGAGUUUUGCUCUGUAAAUUAUAGAUCUUUCUUUUACUGAAUUCACAUACUGCGACUUUCAGGAAACAUUUACAAAGGAUUUAAUCAUGUUAAACUUUUACACAUGUUUUGUUGACAUGUAAUGAGGCAGAAUGAAGAAAAAAUGUCAUUAUCAAUUGACUUUCAAGGUAAUAAAAAGAUUUUUAUAUCAAUCUUGGAAAUCCUUUUGAAGUUCAACAUAAAAAUUUUUUGUUGAAGCGUAUUAACUGUUUUUGAUGAUGUACUCACCAACAGCAGAUAAAGUGGCUCAGCAAUUUGACAAAUAGUAAAUCAUUAUAUAUAAAAAUAAACAUCAACAAGACAAGCAUCACUUAAAAAAAC